AUGUCAGACUCCUCAAACCACACAAAUCCGGACCUGAAGAAAUCCACAGACACCAAAGUCGACACAAAAAACGAGACGAAGAACCAAGAGAACUUCAGGAAGAAUAGAAAUUACCAAGUCGCUCAGCAGUGCAUUUUAAUAGCUUUGAUCAACCAAUAUUAUGAUGUGACCUUUUCUGUCACUCGUGCGCGCAAAACGAUUACUAUGCCCUUUCUGAAAAUAGAAAAACUAUCAAAAGGAAACACCACAAUUGAUAUUAAAAAUUUGUUGAAGCAGAAAAUAACAGAGAUGUAUCAGUCCGAUGUGAACGCCGGUGUACAAGUGAAAACAGCAAAGAGGCGGUACGUUGUGAAUAAAGUCGGGGAGUGUCUCCAUCUUCUUCAAAAAACUGCUGAAUUUCUCGGCUUCAGUUUUAAGUAUGCGACGUCGUUCACAAAUAACGUGAAGAAGCUAACAAUCAUCGAAGUCUCUUUUGAUGGGAUAGUCAUCCCAAAGGACAAAAUUCUAAAGAUAGGAGCCGACGCAAAUAAAGCUCUCGUCGAAACGUUUUUCGGGCAAAGUGGGAACUCAUACACCCUUAAACGAGGUGACACGGAGUUGAUGUCCGUAUUGUUCAAUUGA